AUUGACGCUACUUCCGGUCCGGAGGGGGCGAGAGGAAGGCGAGUGUUUCUGCUGCUGCUGCUGUGUCAGAGUCUGCCUGAGGGGCGAUGGCCGGUGCGGGGAGCGCUUUCCGGCUCCGCUGCUCACUGGCGGGCCAUGAGCUGGACGUGCGCGGCCUCAGCGGCGCCCUCUUCCCAGCCGGGGCCUUCGUGUCAGUGUCCCGGGACCGGACCGCGCGGCUCUGGGCGCCCGACAGUCCCAACAGAGGCUUUGCUGAAAUGCGCUGCAUGAGCGGUCACUCCAACUUUGUUUCUUCCGUUUGUGUCAUCCCUCCAAGUGAUCUUUAUCCCCGUGGACUAGUUGCUACUGGUGGUAAUGACAACAACAUUUGUAUCUUUACUUUGGACAACUCUGCACCACUGUAUGUUCUAAAAGGUCAUAAAAACACAGUUUGUAGCCUUUCAUCUGGAAAAUUUGGUACUCUUCUCAGUGGCUCAUGGGAUACAACAGCCAAAGUCUGGUUGAAUGACAAAUGCAUGAUGACAUUACAGGGCCAUACGGCAGCUGUCUGGGCUGUGAAGAUUUUACCUGAACAGGGGUUAAUGUUAACUGGUUCAGCUGACAAAACCAUUAAAUUGUGGAAGGCAGGGAGAUGUGAGAAAACAUUUACUGGGCAUGAAGAUUGUGUAAGAGGCUUGGCUAUUUUAAGUGAAUUGGAGUUUCUGUCUUGUGCAAAUGACGCCAGCAUUCGGAGAUGGCAAAUAUCUGGCGAGUGUCUUCAAGUUUACUAUGGGCAUACCAAUUAUAUUUAUUGCAUUUCCGUCUUUCCACACAGUAAAGAUUUUGUUACCACUGGUGAGGACAGAUCACUCAGAAUCUGGAGACAAGGAGAAUGCACACAGACAAUCAGGCUUCCUGCUCAGUCUGUUUGGUGCUGUUGUGUUUUAGACAACGGUGACAUUGUUGUUGGAGCAAGUGAUGGCAUUAUCAGAGUGUUUACAGAAUCUUUGGAGCGCACAGCAAGCCUGGAAGAAAUUCAAGCUUUUGAAAAUGAGCUUUCUCAAGCAACAAUUGAUCCCAAAACUGGUGAUUUAGGGGAUAUCGAUGCUGAAGAGCUUCCUGGUAGAGAGCAUUUGGAUGAACCAGGUACUAGAGAAGGACAGACAAGACUUAUUAAGAGUGAUGGCAAAGUUGAAGCUUACCAGUGGAGCGUUAGUGAAGGCAGGUGGUUGAAAAUCGGCGAUGUCGUUGGAUCGUCUGGAGCCACACAGCAGACAUCAGGAAAAGUUUUAUUUGAAGGAAAAGAAUAUGAUUAUGUUUUCAGUAUUGAUGUGAAUGAAAGUGGACCUUCCUACAAGCUCCCGUACAACAUCAGUGAUGAUCCAUGGCUGACUGCCUAUAACUUCCUUCAGAAGAAUGACCUAAAUCCCAUGUUCUUGGAUCAAGUGGCCAAAUUUAUAAUAGAUAACACCAAAGGGCAAACGUUGGGACCCACAAAUUCUGAAUUUUCUGAUCCUUUUACGGGGGGAGGUCGCUAUGUUCCAGGUUCUUCUUCAGCAGCCAGUGAAGGACUUGCAGCAGAUCCAUUUACAGGCGCUGGUCGCUAUGUUCCAGGUUCAGCAUCUGACCCUGCUGCUCCACUCAGUCCAUUUGCAGGGACUGGUGUUUACAAAUCAGCUCUGACUAAAGCUGAAAAUAUGUAUUUUCCAAAGAAAGAAGCAGUUACAUUUGAUCAGGCCAACCCUACAGUAAUUCUGGGCAAAUUGAAAGAACUUAAUGGAAGUGCACCUGAAGAACAACAGUUAACAGAAGAUGAUUUGGGUGCUUUGGAAAUGAUGUUGUCGUCAACUUGCAGUGCCUCCAUGGAAGCACCCACAGCACACCAAUUACAGACUCUAUGGAAAGCAGUUAACUGGCCGCAUGAUAUUGUUUUUCCAGCACUAGAUAUCCUCCGGUUAUCCAUCAGGCAUCCCUUUGUGAAUGAAAAUUUAUGUGGAGAAAAGGAUGGCAUUCAGUUCUGCAGCCACUUGAUCAAAUUCUUGAGUCCCGGAGAAAAACAAGCCAAUCAGAUGCUGGCUCUUCGAAUUCUCUGCAAUUGUUUCAUCCAUCCAGUUGGCCAAAAGCUCAUGAUGUCACAGGGGGACUCGAUCAUGUCGCAAGCAAUAGAAAUGAAACUGAGCAGCAAUAAGAACAUUCACAUCGCACUGGCCACCUUGGCUUUGAACUAUGCGGUUGGUUUACAUAAAGUUAAUAACAUUGAAGGGAAAGCUCAGUGCUUGUCAGUAAUCAGCACAGUCAUGGAAGUUGUGCAGGACCUCGAAGCUGUUUUUAGACUGCUUGUGGCACUUGGGACAGUCAUCAGCGGGGAUUCAAAUGCCGUACAGUUAGCCAAGUCUCUAGGGGUUGACACUCAAAUUAAAAAGUAUUCGUCUGUCUCAGAACCGGCUAAAGUAAAUGAAUGCUGUAGGCUUGUUCUUAACUUGCUCUGACUUUUUUUAAAAGCAGUUAGUUGUGUAGCACAAUGCUGGCACAUUUUUUCACAUUUUACAUCAAUUGAAUAAAUACUGUGACUUGACUAUCUGGAUAUUAAACAAAACAAUCUGAAUAAAAUGUUUUUGCACUGA